CGUGUUGAGAAUGUGUUAAUGGUCAAAGGCUGAUGACGUCAGAGCCGUCUGGGUCGCUUGUAAACACAAAAUCGUACCGUCGGGAGCGAUUUCGUCGCCCCCCACGGAUACAAUGGCGAAGGUUGGCGCAUAGCCCAGCAGGAGGGAUGAGGAUCCGGCUCCAGGGUCCCGGCCACGCUGGUACCCUCCUCGCUGAGCUGGACCGCUGCCGCCGGUCCGGCCGCUACUGUGACGUCUUCCUGCAAGUGGGCAAGCGCACGUUUGCGGCGCACCGCGCCGUACUGGCUUGCGCUGGCACUUACUUUCGCGACCUGUUCACCCGGGCACCGUCUGCGCCCACCGACAUCUUCUCGCUGGAGUUUAUUUCCCCUGCCAGCUUUGAAAAGGUGCUGAACUUCAUGUACACCGGGGAGAUCUUGACUGAUCUCAUAGAUGUCGGGGUUCUUUACGAACUGGCCGAGAGGCUGGGCGUGAGCGAGCUGGUGAGGGCGUGCCACGCCACCUUCCCGGACUUGCGGGGAUCUGUGUCCGCUAGCCCCAGGGCAGGCGGCCUCAGAGACCUCCCGGCCGACUCUUCUGCCUGCUCCUUCACCGCGUCAUCCUUGUCGCCAUCGCCUUCGGCCGCCCUGAAUACCGCCGCGGCCCCUUCGCCUCGUGUCCAGGCAGACACGUUGGCGGCGGAAUGCCAAUCUCCAGCUGGCAGCGCAUCUACGGACUUGAAAAUAGAAGACUUUCAGACUCGUCUAGGUUAUGGGCAAAUGGUGACGCUUUUAAGCGGCGAGGUGCCACCCCCGGGGCCUGAGCUCCAGCUAAAGGCAGAGCAGACAGCGGAGGAGGAUGCGGUUAGAGGCGGGUCGACAGUUUCCGAGAUGACGAGCGACACGCAGCCAUCCGCUUCCUGCUCCUUCCCUGAUUCUCUAUCUCGGCUCGGAGCGCCAACUUCCUCCCCAUCGGCAGAAGAGUCGACGAUUCCACGGGCCAGCGAGGAGCGGCGGGCGGUGCCAUAUGACACCGCCAUCGAACAGUCAGAGGAGGAGCGGUGGGAGCGGCUGGGAGGGGAGGUCAUCGAAGUGAGCGACGACGACCCAUUCAUGGAGGAGGACGAGGAGGAUGAAGACGACCUCGUCUGCGUGGAAAACGGCGACACAAGCAAGUCAAGCAACCAGUUUCCGUGCCUAGCCUGCGGAGCUUCUCUGCCCACCAACCCGGCCGCCUUGAGGACGCACGCCGAGAGCCACGUGAGCGAGCUGGGCCGCUGCGGACUGUGCGGCGCCACCUUCCCAGACCGCGCGGCCGCCGUUUCCCACUCGCUGGGCCACGUGGGCGUGCGGCUUUUCUCCUGCGACAUGUGCCGCCUGGACUUCUGCAGUCUGAAGAAGCUGCUGCGCCACCUCCGCCACAGCGGCUCAGCCCUCGUCUUUCCGCAACCCGGCCGAGGCCCCGAGUUGCGGUGUGGCGUGUGCGCCAAAGGCCUCGGCAAAGACUUCCAGACGGUGAGAGCGCACGCCCUCAGCCAUGUGUGCACCCAAAGCCUGAGCUGCGGAGUUUGUCACACCCCCCAGCUCUCCCUGUGCUCCCUGCUGUGGCACGCCCUCGCCCACCUCUCGUUGCCAGUCUUCACCUGCCCGCAUUGUGCCCGCUGCUUUGUGGAGCGCCCCCUGCUGGACGCGCAUGUGGCAGCGCACGCUGAGGACACCGAGGAGCGAGAAGAGAUCCGAGCGGUCACGGUUGGGGGGAAAGUUUUGGGAAUGGAGGAGCCAGUUUGCUUCCCAUGCCCGCAGAUUUUGCCCACCACUUCCGCCUUUGUGUGCCAGCGCACCUCCGAGUCCUCAGGGGGCAGCGGAGUUGGAGCGCCCGUGGGUCCCGGACGGUUAGACAAGCGCAAGGCAGAGCGGCCUCUGGCCCGUCCACUUGGAGGUCUCGUGGAGAGGUGCGGCCUAGGUAGUGAAACGGCCCCGGGCUUACCGGAGAAAUAUUUCCACGGUUUGUGUUCUGGGGCCCUGACCAAUGGGAAUGCAGGACAAGAAGUGGCCCGCGGGAAAUGGUACCGCUGUCGCUACUGCGGGAAGCGCUUUGCGCACUCGGGGGAGUUCACGUACCACCUGCGCAUCCACACGGGGGAAAAGCCCUACCAAUGCAAGGUGUGUCUGCGCUUCUUCCGAGGCCGCUCCACCAUCAUCUGCCACCUCAAGACACACGCCGGCGCCCUCAUGUACCGCUGCACCUUGUGCGGCCUCUACUUUUCUACACUGAAGAUGAUGUCGUCACACGUGGAGCUCCACAAGGACCGGCUGCCGCCCGACUUCAACAUUGAGCACACCUUCAUGUACAACGACCGUUCCAAAGAAGCCCCGCCUUCCACGGACGCCUGAGUGGACCAUAGAAAAAAAUUGGAUAUGAGGAGCCACACAAUCCUAAAUUUUGGCCAACGAGUACCAACAAAUACAGUAAAGUAAAUAAGUAUUUGAACAUCCAGCUAUAUUGCAAGUUCUCCCACUUAGAAAUCAUCGAGGGGUCUGAAAUUUUCAUUGUAGGUGCAUGUACACUGUGAGAGUGAUAAUCUAAAAAGAAAAUCUAGAAAUCACAAUAAACGAUUUUUGUUAAUUUAUUUGUUUGAUACGGCAGCAAAUAGGUUUUUGAACACCUGAGAAAAACAAUUAUAUUAUUUGGUACAGUCGCCUUUGUUUGCAAUUACAGAGGUCAAAUGUUUUCUGUAGUUGUUCACCAGGUUUGCACACACUGCAGGAGGGAUUUUGGCCCACUCCUCCACACAGAUCUUCUCUAGAUCAGACAGGUUACUGGGCUGUCACUGAGAAACACGGUGUUUCAGCUCCCUCCAAAGAUUUUCUAUUGGGUUUUGGUCUGGAGACUGGCUAGGCCACGACAGAACCUUGAUAUGCUUCUUGCGGAGCCACUACUUGGUUUUCCUGGCUGUGUGCUUCGGGUCAUUGUCAUGUUGAAAGACCCUGCCACGACCCAUCUUCAAUGCUCUGACUGAGGGAAAGAGGUUGUUCCCCAAAAUCUCACAAUACGUGGCCGCGGUCAUCCUCUCCUUAAUACAGUGCAGUCGUCUGUCCCAUGUGCAGAAAAACACCCCCAAAGCAUGAUGCUACCACCUCCAUGCUUCACAGUAGGGCUGGUGUUCUUUGGAUUAACUCAUCAUUCGUCUUCCUCCAAACGAUAGUGGAAUUAUGACAGGAAAGUUCAAUUUUGGUCUCAUCUGACCACAAACCUUCUCCCAUGACUCCUCUGUAUCUUCCAAAUGGUCAUUGGCAAACUUAUGACAGGCCUUGACAUGUGCUGGUUUAAGUAGGGGAAGCUUCCGUGCCAUGCAUGAUUUCAAACCAUGACAUCUUAGUGUAUUAACAACAGUCACCUUGGAAACGGUGGUCCCAGCUCUUUUCAGGUCAUUGACCAAGUCCUGUCGUGUUGUUCUGGUCCUUUCUAAAGUUCAUUACGACCCCACGAGGUGACAUCUUGCAUGGGGCUCCACUCCGAUUUAGAUUGACCAUCAUGUUUAGGCUUAUGAUUCCUCUAACAUUUUUUCACCAAGCUGCUUGGCAACUUCUCUGUAGCCCUUUCCAGCCGUGUGGAGUUGUACGAUUUUGUCUCUGGUGUCUUUGAACAGCUCUUUGGUCUUGGCCAUGUUACAAGUUUGAGUCUCACUGAUUGCAUGGGGUUGGACAGGUGUCUUUAUGCAGCUAACAACCUCACACAGGUGCAUCUGAUUCAGGAUAAUACACGGAGUGGAGGUGGACUUUUAAAGAGACACUAACAGGUCUUUGAGGGUCAGAAUUCCAGCUAAUUGACGGGUGUUCAAAUACUUAUUUGCAGCUGUAUCACACAAAAAGUUAAAAAAAAAUCAUACAUUGUGUUUUUGGGAUUUUUCUUUUUAGAUUAUCUCUCUCACAGUGGACAUGCAUCUACGAAGAAAAUUUCAGCCCCCUCCAUGAUUUCUAAAUGGGAGAUCUAAUCUAUCUAAUCUCAAAUACUGAUUUUCUUCACUAUAUGGCUACUCACUGGGUUGAUCUGCACAAAAUGCUCAUUUAUGUCUCUAAAAUUACUCACCUGUUGCCAUGGAUAAGGUAUAAGAUGCUUUCAAAAUAUUGUUUUUGUAGCCACAAUGCAUGGACGGGCUCUAAGAUGCAAAUUUUGGUCCAUAAGUGAAAAAAAUCAGACUUAAUGUGCCCUCAAAAUACUAUUUUGCUACCACAAUAUUGAUAUAGCCUAGGCAAAAUGCUCAUUUGCGGGCACAAAUUAGGUGUAUCUUGUGCUUGAAGUACUAUUUCGGUGACCACCAUAGAGAGACAGUAUAACGUUUGCAUAAAAUCUGGUUACUUAUUUACAAUGUGUGCUCCAAAUUUAAUCCAGUCACCCAUUUUCUGUACCGCUUCUCCUCACGCGAGUCACGAGUGCCAACCUGAACUGGUUGCCAGCUAGUCAGAGGGCACAUAGAAACAAACAACCAUUUGCACUCACAUUCACACCUACGGGCGAUUUAGAGUCUUCAAUUAAGCUACUCUGCAUGGUUUUUUUGGGACGCGUGAGGAACCAGAGUACCCAGGCAGAGGGAGAACAUGCAAACUCCACAUAGGCAGGGUCGGCCUGCAUUUGAAUCCCAGUCCUCACAAUUGUGACGCAGAUGUGCUAACCGUUUGCGUGAACAUUUGCGAUCUUUCAUUUUCCAACUCCCAAAUUUUGUGGACAUUUUAGGGAACGAUGUAGGAGGUCCCCAAGUUUAAGUGGCCAAUUGGUCCAGUUUUACCAUUUAUACUAUUUUUGGAAAAUCUUGCCAGUAAUAUUAUAUGCCUGUGGCCACAAAAUGGAUGGAUGAAUCUCACCAUUCCUGUCAAUUAUAUAUCCUAAUUCAUAGAAAUCAAUCAAUAUUGGUUAUUUGCAGGCAAUUCAAAAUGGUUGGCUCUCCGGAUCCACAUGCGAGACCAUUAAAAGUGCCUUUUUUAUUCCCCACCCCCUUCGGGGCACUCCAAACUUUUUGUAGCACAAAAUGUUCUUGUUUUAGUCUGGAUUAUUUUGUCCAACUUUUUUAAAAUUCCCUACUACAAGACACCCUUCAAUGUUGUAAUUUCCGGAUUGAUUUCACACAGUUCCACAUAAUUGUUGUCUUUUGUCCAGCAAGUGUUUGAGAACAUGUUGAAUGUGUCACGUUGGCUUUGUAAUUAGUCUUACCUCCUAUUUACAAUACUGUGACUUUGUACACCUUUAUACGAUGCCUUUUUUUUGUCUUUGUAAAUGCCUUUUCAUGGACCAGAAUAGAACAAACGCACCAAGGACGUGACGCCGACUCCUCGCCGUCGUCCUCUUCGUGCUGUUGUACUAAUGCCAGUUCUUUCUGUCUGCCGUCGUAUCAUUUCAACUGUUAAAUGUGGCAAAUUUCACAUAUUACCCCCCCCCCAAAAAAAAAAAACAUACUAAAACCUUGGUAGAAGAGCACUUCUCAUUUUAGUGGCCUAAAAUGUGAAGAAAACAUCUCUGCUUUCCCUGCAUAUGUUAAAAAAAUAUAUAUAUUACAGCUAUCUGAUUUGGUUCAAGUCAAGAAGGUGCAGCGCCAUAUAAAUUUACAGUUUACAUUAAAAAAAAAAAAAAAAGCUUUACUGAAUGGACAGGAGAACUUGCGGGUCUAUGUACUUUGCGGCCAUUCAUGUUUCCUUCUAAUGGAGGAAAACUGGAAAUGACUAUUUUCAUUUUUGUUUUGUUUUGGUGUGUGUAAACGGCAAAUAGUAAACGAGUCAUCACUUGUUUCUAGGUUGAAAAUCUGUAAAAUUGAGAACAGAAAAGAAGCCUUUAAAUGAUUUUCUAUGAGUUCUUAGUUAGACGUGGUGGACUCAUGCCAGCCAAAUCGACAUUGACACACAAGUGUCGUAGAGUACUAGUGUAACUGUUUCAAGCUUUUUCUCAGAAGUAAUUCAAGUGAUUACAUUUUGUUACUUUUGGAUUGUCUAAAUAUGAAAUGAAGGCAUCGACUGUUCAAAAGCCCGUCACUUAUGUUCAAAAGUGUGACUUUUAGUCAACCUUUUCAAAAUCUGACAUGGUGACGGCACAUGAUUACAGUUAGCCAAUCACAA